CCUCUUUAUUUCGUUUUUUGGGUGUAUAUACUAGAAUUUGACGAAUGCACACUUGGCAUUGUUAGGUCUUGUUUGGUUGAGAGAGAAAGAGGUUGAGCUGUACAACUCUGUGCAUAUGGAAAUAGUUUCCUCAAAUCGCUUCCCACUAGAUCAUCAUGUGGAGGGGAAAGCGGAGGAGGAGGAGGAGGACGGAGGAGAGGUUAAGGUGCUGGAAACUAAACUGAAGGGGCUUCGUUUCGAUCAGGAGGAACCAGGACUCGGGCAUUCUUCGUUUGGCCUUACGAAGAAGCUUCUUCGUUUGGAGUUUAAAGUGAUCACCGACAUUGAUCUUCGUAACCUCUUUCACUCCCUUUACUCUUCUUACGAAUCUAAUGGGUUUACAGCGUUGAAGAGCCUCUCUGUAAAGUGGGAGAAACAGCAAUCCAGUGUUAAUUUGACAAAUUCCUGUUUCGAUGAUGCAACAGAGAUUGAAUUUUAUGGCGAUUUGAAUUUGUUUAGGGAUUUCCGUCGCAAGGAUUUUGAAGGAAACACUGCUCUGCAUCUUUCCACUCCAGCAAAUACAAAACAACCCCAGACAUUAAGAGUAUUGCUCAUCAACGAAUUGCUGGAUGCCAAGGCCUUGAACUCUGGUGGUUCUGUGACUCUGGACAUACCAUGUGAUCUACCUAAUUCAGAGAAUAUGCAUGUCAAAUUUAGCAAGAUCGGUCCAAAAGAUGGAGCUAGAGCAUGUGAUUUAACUAAUCAAAGAAGCAAGCACAAUGAUGAUUAUAGUUAUAGAAGGUUAUCCAACAGGUCAUCAGAUAUGAGCACUGUUAACUCCAUCAUCAGAUCCAGAAAUGCGUUGCUACUGAUUGCCAUAUUUUUCACAGCAAUAACUUUCCAAGUCCCAUUUCACUUCCUUGGCCCCAAAGAGGGCUACGUUCAUACCUACAUGACGGACAGUAUCCAAGUGAAUAAACAAUAUCCACUGUUUCCUUGUACGUUCCUGUUGUUCAAUUCCAUGGUGUUCAUUGCAUCAGUGAUCAUGACUCUAUUCCUACUGCAUGAAUUUCCUUUCAAGCCAUGGCCUCAAAUCUCAGUUUUGGCUCUGUUUGGUUCUUAUAUGUGCUCAAUAAAGGCAAUAUCACCCAAUGGAGCCCGGGCUUUGCUCUUCAUAUCAAUUCCCUUUUCGUUAUUGGCAGCUGCUGGAAAACUUUAUGGCUUUGCAAGACAUAAUUUUACGUGAGCACCCCCAGGUAUGUGUGAAAAAAAACCUAUAUCCGGUUUCUAGUCAAUAAUGUUUUGUGAAAACAAUCUAUCUUAUUUCGAGUUGAUUGUGCUCAUGUGUAAUUAUAUGACUAUGGCUGGCUACACACAGUGGAAAGGUCUCUAUUUUAUAUUUAGUAAUGCACAAAAAACAAUUUAAUAUAUCACUAUGUAUUGGCCUCUAAAAAGCCACAUCUUAAGCUGCACAUUUUUUUUUUUCUUGGCUCAACAUCUCUUUGCAGACUAGUAUAUGAAAUUUCACUGAUAUGCAAAGCGAUGUCCGUGCUGAAAACUAUUUCCAAAUAAGAGUUACAAUUGAUUGUAAUAAAAGGAGUGAGAUGAAUUAGUGUGUUUUGUUCUGUUGUUUAUCCUAGAUAAUUUAAUAAUAUUUCCCUGCUCA